AUGAAGGUCUCCGAGACUGCCGAAGGGGUUCCCACCUACUGGGGGACAUCAGGGAGACGUCUCCAGAUGAUGAUCUCUGCCGUUGCCGUUACCGAUUUCCUCCUCUUUGGAUACGAUCAGGGUGUCAUGGCUGGAAUUAUCCAAUCAGACGCAUUCACACAUGACUUUCCAGAGGUCAAGGGCAACAGGGAAUACGAAGGCUUCGUGGUGUCUAUUUUCGCCGUGGGCUGCUUGCUCGGUGCUUGUUUCAUCCUCUCCUUUGGUGAUCAACUCGGACGUCGAAACUCCAUGUUCCUCGGAGCUUCCACCAUGAUUAUCGGCGUGGUUAUUCAGAUCUGUACCGUCGGCCCCGUUGGAUCCGGAGCUACAGCGCAGUUUAUUGUCGGACGAUGCAUUACCGGUAUCGGUAACGGAAUCAACACAUCCACAGUUCCCACCUACCAAGCAGAAUGCAGUAAACCGCACAACCGUGGCAGAGUCAUCUGCAUGGAAGGUGGAUGUGUUGCAAUUGGCUCGAUGAUUGCGUACUGGAUUGACUUUGGUGCCAUUCACGGACCUCAUGAGUUUGUCUGGCGUUUCCCCAUUGCUUUCCAAUGCUUGUUCGCUAUCAUCGUCAUCAUUCUGACUUUGAGACUUCCCGAGAGCCCGCGAUGGCUCCUCACCAAGCACAGACACGAUGAUGCUGCUACUGUGGUCGCGGCUCUGGAAGGACAGCCUCGCUCUAGCGAAGUCGUACAAGUGCAGUUGGGUAUGAUCACCGAUGGUAUUAAGGCGUCUGGAAACCUGGACGGUGUCACUCCUUUCUCGGCGCUUCUCACGAAUGGACCAACCCAAAACCUCCGCCGUAUGCUUCUCGGUGCAUCUUCUCAGGUCAUGCAGCAGUUGGGUGGAUGCAACGCCGUCAUCUACUUCUUUCCCCUUCUCUUCACGGAAUCCAUCGGCACAAGUCCCAACCUUGCUCUCCUCCUUGGAGGUGUCAACAUGAUCAUCUACGCAAUCUUCGCCACAAYUUCUUUCUUCGCCGUCGAGAGACUUGGUCGUCGCAAGCUCUUCCUGAUUGGUACCGUCGGACAAUGCUUGUCCAUGGUUCUCGUUUUCGGCGCUCUUAUCCCAGGUACCGAGUCCGCAGCCAAGGGUGCCGCGGUCGGUCUAUUCACUUAUAUCGCAUUCUUCGGCGCAACCUGGCUGCCUCUACCUUGGUUGUACCCCGCUGAGAUCAACCCGCUCAAGACUAGAGCCAAGGCGAACGCCCUCUCUACCGUCAACAACUGGCUAUGGAACUUCUUCAUCGUCAUGAUCACCCCGGUUCUGAUUGAAAAAAUCAGCUGGGGAACAUAUCUGUUCUUCGCAGUGCUCAACGCUAGCUUCUUCCCCAUCAUCUACUUCCUCUACCCCGAAACAUCCCAGCGCACACUCGAAGAAAUCGACCUCAUCUUCGCCAAAGGCCACACGGAAAGUAUCAGCUACGUCAAAGCCGCUCAACAGCUCCCACGCAUGACCGAGGCGGAAGUCAAAGCCAUGACGAUGGAAUACCGAGCCGCUGCUUCGGAUGAUGAGAGUCGUGCGGGCGAGAAGGCUGAUGGGGAGACUUCGAGGGAGAGGAGAGCUGGAGAGAGGGAGAAGAUUUCGGAUUCGGAGAGGGAGAGUGUUGCGAGUCGGACUUGA